UCUUAAUAGAUUGAAGUACCCUGUUGUACAUUGGAAUGGAAGAUCAAGGUGAGGGGCAACAGGAGGCCAAUACUCCGAACCAGGGCUUGGAGAGGAGCGAGCCGGUGAGGUCAAGGUGGACUCCAAAGCCUGAGCAAAUCCUCAUCCUUGAGUCCAUCUUCAACAGUGGCAUGGUCAAUCCCCCCAAGGAAGAAACCAUCCGCAUCAGAAAGCUCCUCGAGAAGUUCGGUUCAGUCGGCGAUGCCAACGUCUUCUACUGGUUCCAGAACCGCCGCUCCAGAUCCCGCCGCCGCCAGCGCCAGAUGCAGGCCUCCCUCGAGCAGAGAAACCAGCUCCAGCCCCAGCUCGGCGGUGCAAUUCCUUACGAUCAUCAACCUCACGCCACCUCCUCUUCUGAUCCGCAACAUCUUCCUCCUGUCGCUACUGUGCCUUUUGCUGCUCCUUCUCCGACUUUCCCUGAUCUCUCCGGCUCCUCGUCUUCUACUAGCGGCAUGCUUGGUGGCCAAGAAGCCCUCGAUGGUCUCUUCUCGGUGGCUUCUCAAAUCGGUUUUCCCGAAUUUGACCACUCUUCGGCUCUAUACCCUCCUCCGACUCAUGCUUCCACCUUCAACUAUCAUUCCGGGCUCGUCACAGUGUUUAUCAAUGGAGUGGCAACAGAAGUUCCGAGGGGGCCAUUGGACAUAAAAACAAUGUUUGGACAAGAUUUAGUGUUAGUUCAUUCCUCCGGAGUGCCACUUCCCACCAAUGAGUUUGGUUUCCUGAUGCAGAGCUUGCAGCAUGGCGAAAGCUACUUUCUGGUUUCAAAGCCGACAUAAUUAAAUAUGAACACAAGCAACUAGCAGCCAUGGGAGCUUCCUUUUAUACGUGUUUCUCCAAAUUCAAUUUCCUUUGUCUGCAAUCCCUUUUUCUUUUCUUUUUAAAAACCCCCUCCCCCGAUAAUCACCCCCCAAAAAGAUUCAGAGAUCUUUAUCUGUGGUUCAAAUAAUGGAGCUCUAUUAUGUGAUUACAGUCUACAGAAGUCCAUAUCGACAUCGUCACAUACAUAUAGUUUUUAGACCUCUCUCUCUCUAUAUAUCCAUUCAUCUAUAUAUAUAGAAACACCCA